AAUAUCCUCAAAUAAAUACAACUUUCAACCAAACCCGAUAUCCACAUUUUAAUAUCUUCUUUUUUCUUUUACUCACACAGAGCUAUAGUUUUCAUUCCAAAUAUCAUCAGGUAAGGAAAAGAAAUGGCAGGAAAAGGUGGAAAGGGUUUAGUGGCAGGGAAAACACCAGCAUCUGCAGCAGCAGCUAAUAAGGAUAAAGAUACCAAGAAAAGGCCUACUUCAAGGUCUUCUAGAGCUGGUCUUCAGUUUCCAGUGGGAAGGAUCCAUCGUCAUCUCAAAACAAGAACUUCUGCACAUGGACGAGUUGGAGCUACUGCUGCUGUUUACUCUGCUGCAAUUCUCGAGUACUUAACUGCUGAAGUGCUUGAAUUGGCUGGAAAUGCUAGCAAAGAUUUAAAAGUGAAGAGGAUCACUCCAAGGCACUUGCAGUUGGCUAUUCGUGGUGAUGAAGAACUCGACACUCUCAUCAAAGGUACCAUUGCUGGAGGUGGUGUCAUCCCUCACAUUCACAAGUCUCUUAUCAACAAAACCACCAAGGAAUAAGUUCUUUUUAGUUAUCUAAACAACUUGUUUGACUUUUCGUUAUUUGGAUGGUGACUUGUGCUUUUGUGGCAAAGAUUCAUGUGGUAUUGUUAUGGUAGUGUGAGUCUUUUGUGUUAUAGGUUGUAGCAUUGUAGGAUUAAUGUACAUUACAUAUAAUCCCAGAUUGUGCUUUUGAA